AUAGUGUAAUACACUAAUACUCCGUAAAAACUACUCCGUAACAAACCUUGAGAUAGUUAAUGACCACAUAUGCUUUCAAUUUUGAUGGAUAAAAAAGGAGGAAGGAGCUCCUUCCUUCCACAGAGGCCCUGUGAAAUUCUUGAAGGAAAAACAGGCAUGUCUGCUAAUUCGAUCCCACUCUCCUUUCUCCAUCCUCCUUCUUUCUGCACCAAUAAGCAGGUCUCUAAUGGCUUCCCCUGCUACCGGGUCGUGCUACCCGCUUCCACCCGGCCAUUGCCUCUGAUUGUUGAAGCCAAGUCCAGAACCAGUAGGGACGAUCGGGUUGCUCGCCAUUCUCGCCUUAGGAAGAAGGUUGAAGGUACUCCUGAAAGGCCAAGGAUGUCGGUGUUCCGUUCCAACAAACAUUUCUAUGUUCAAGUGAUUGAUGACACACAAAUGCAUACUCUGGCUGCAGUUUCAACAAUGCAAAGAUCCAUCUCCGAAAAAGUCGAAUAUAGUGCUGGUCCCACCAUUGAAGUGGCACAGAAAGUAGGGGAAGCUAUAGCGAGGCUGUGUCUCGAGAAGGGGAUCACGAAGGUGGUGUUUGAUCGAGGCGGGUACCCUUACCACGGGCGCAUUCAAGCUAUUGCAGAAGCUGCAAGAGCGAACGGGCUCCAGUUUUAGAAGCUUUGAGGUUGUACUCCUUGCCAUCAUUAUUCUUUGUUCCCUUUCCUGUUGCCUUUGUUUGGUAGUACUUGCUAACUGUACAUGAGACAUACUACUACUACUACAUCUUAACCUCAAAUGUUUGUUGUAUUUGGUUUCUCCAAUAAAAAGUGUUUUUUAAGGUGCCAAAGACCUUGUGGUCAAGCGGUAUAGUUGUGGCUCUCCAAAAUGGGAAGUCACAUCUUCGAACCCAAGCAUGGUGCUACAGUAUAUUG